GUAUGCGCGUGCGCAGACAGAGAAACUUCUAGACGGAGUUCCGCACCCGAGUCUCUCUUUUCUAAAAGACCUACUCUUCUUUUUCAGACACACAACACAGUUCAUGGACACCUGUGACCUGCAGGUCGACUUUCUCUAGCUGCGCUAAAUAUUAUUUUAUGUUAUACAGAACACAUCACAAAAGAAGAUUCUCACAACAACCCAUCAAAUCCUCUCAAGUCAACGGCAUGAAGAUCUUCAUCCUCUGUUUAUUCUCUCUGAUUGUGAAUGGUGUGUUUGGAGUUGAAGUGAAGUCAGUGAUGGAGGGAGAUUCUGUCACACUAAACACUGAUGUCAUCAAACAGAGAGAUGAUCUGAUCGUGUGGUGUUAUGGGCCUGACGAUGCUGUGAUUGCAAUAAUCAAUGGAAAGGUUGGAAGCACCAUGUAUUCUGAUGAUGAGAGAUAUAAAGACAGACUGAAGCUGAACGAUCAGACCGGAUCUCUCACCAUCAACAAUCUCACGACAGAUCAUUCUGGGCUCUACAAACUGAAGAUCAGCAGCAACAAUACAGUCUCAUACAAGAGAUUCAAUGUGACUGUCUCUGCCCAUCUGCCUAUUCUUUUCAUCAGUAGAGACUUUUCACAAAAUUCUUCAUCAUCAGGAAGAUCAGAUUCUCCUGCCAUGAGGAUCAUUAUAAUUCCAUCUGUAUUUGCUCUUCUGAUCUGUGUGGUGAUCUUCAUCAUCAUCAUCAGUGUGUGCAGACGCAAAAGAGGAGAGAGUCUCAUGACAACAUCACCUGCUAAAGAACCUCUGAUGGAUGAAGAAAGGAACAUCUAGCAGCAUGUGAAUAGUGAAUAUCCUGUCUGCACCCCGGAUCAGUGAAAACAACACGUUCUGUGUCUCCAGAUCAGUGUCAGCUAAAACGACUCUGACUGUGUCUCCAGAUCAGUGAAAACAACACGUUCUGUGUCUCCAGAUCAGUGUCAGCUAAAACGACUCUGACUGUGUCUCCAGAUCAGUGAAAACAACACGUUCUGUGUCUCCAGAUCAGUGUCAGCUAAAACGACUCUGACUGUGUCUCCAGAUCAGUGAAAACAACACGUUCUGUGUCUCCAGAUCAGUGUCAGCUAAAACGACUCUGACUGUGUCUCCAGAUCAGUGAAAACAACACGUUCUGUGUCUCCAGAUCAGUGUCAGCUAAAACGACUCUGACUGUGUCUCCAGAUCAGUGAAAACAACACGUUCUGUGUCUCCAGAUCAGUGUCAGCUAAAACGACUCUGACUGUGUCUCCAGAUCAGUGAAAACAACACGUUCUGUGUCUCCAGAUCAGUGUCAGCUAAAACGACUCUGACUGUGUCUCCAGAUCAGUGAAAACAACACGUUCUGUGUCUCCAGAUCAGUGUCAGCUAAAACGACUCUGACUGUGUCUCCAGAUCAGUGAAAACAACACGUUCUGUGUCUCCAGAUCAGUGUCAGCUAAAACGACUCUGACUGUGUCUCCAGAUCAGUGAAAACAACACGUUCUGUGUCUCCAGAUCAGUGUCAGCUAAAACGACUCUGACUGUGUCUCCAGAUCAGUGAAAACAACACGUUCUGUGUCUCCAGAUCAGUGUCAGCUAAAACGACUCUGACUGUGUCUCCAGAUCAGUGAAAACAACACGUUCUGUGUCUCCAGAUCAGUGUCAGCUAAAACGACUCUGACUGUGUCUCCAGAUCAGUGAAAACAACACGUUCUGUGUCUCCAGAUCAGUGUCAGCUAAAACGACUCUGACUGUGUCUCCAGAUCAGUGAAAACAACACGUUCUGUGUCUCCAGAUCAGUGUCAGCUAAAACGACUCUGACUGUGUCUCCAGAUCAGUGAAAACAACACGUUCUGUGUCUCCAGAUCAGUGUCAGCUAAAACGACUCUGACUGUGUCUCCAGAUCAGUGAAAACAACACGUUCUGUGUCUCCAGAUCAGUGUCAGCUAAAACGACUCUGACUGUGUCUCCAGAUCAGUGAAAACAACACGUUCUGUGUCUCCAGAUCAGUGUCAGCUAAAACGACUCUGACUGUGUCUCCAGAUCAGUGAAAACAACACGUUCUGUGUCUCCAGAUCAGUGUCAGCUAAAACGACUCUGACUGUGUCUCCAGAUCAGUGAAAACAACACGUUCUGUGUCUCCAGAUCAGUGUCAGCUAAAACAACUCUGACUGUGUCUCCAGAUCAGUGAAAACAACACGUUCUGUGUCUCCAGAUCAGUGUCAGCUAAAACGACUCUGACUGCGUCUCCAGAUCAGUGAAAACAACACGUUCUGUGUCUCCAGAUCAGUGAAAACACAAUCUGCCACUCAAGAUCAGUGAAUAUCCUGCCACAAUCUGAGUUUCAUCUCGGAUCAGUGAAUAUGAUGGCUUGUGAGUCUGGUGGAGCAUAAAGCAAACAGAAAAUAUGCAAUGGUUCAUGUUUUGGGGACAAUACUCCACCUGGUGGUCAGAUGAAAGAUCAUCUGCCCCAUUCAUAUACUACAUUUUUUCCUGAAGUCAGAUGACUAGUUUGCUUGCUAUUGUCUUAAUUCAGUGUAAACAUCACAAUUAUAUGGAAUUUAUUACGUUUUUUCUUAUUUUCUUUAUUGUAUUUCUUAUUCUUUCUACAAGAACUUCUAAUGGAACUUAAUGCUAUAUUAUUUUUAAAUUUUGCAUGUAACUUUUUUGGCGCAAAAUCAACAACAUUAAUCUAAUAAAAUGCAGAUGUACAUCAUGGGGAACAGUGGGCGUUGCUUUCCAUUUUAAUACAUGUCUGUGUGUUUAACUGGCUGUAUGCUUGGUAACACCUUAAUAAACCAUCUCAUGGAUGCAAA